AUGGACUCACAGCACUGCAAAAUGAAUGGUGACCCAUUCCAGGAAUCUAUGUACAUUGAAGAGUCCCAAAAUAAAAAUGGGGUGAUUUCUCUGAUUUUCUCUCUGAAAGAAGAAGUUGGAGCAUUGGCUAAAGUCCUGCGAACAUUUGAGGAAAAGGGUAUAAACUUGACCCACAUUGAGUCUCGACCUUCACGUCUCAACAAAGAUGAGUAUGAAUUCUUCAUUAACUUGGAGGGCAAGAAUGUCCCAGCACUGGACAAGAUCAUCAAGUCCUUGAGAAGUGAUAUUGGAGCAACAGUUCAUGAGCUUUCACGCACAAAGAAGAAGGACACUGUACCAUGGUUCCCAAGAAGUAUCCAGGAGCUGGACAGAUUUGCCAAUCAGAUCCUAAGCUAUGGAGCAGAACUGGAUGCUGAUCAUCCUGGCUUCAAAGAUCCUGUGUACAGGGCCCGAAGGAAGGAGUUUGCAGAUAUUGCCUACAACUACAGACAUGGCCAACCUAUUCCUCGUGUCACCUAUACGGAAGAAGAAAAGAAAACAUGGGGCACUGUCUUCAGGGAGCUGAAGAGCCUCUAUCCAACUCAUGCUUGCUAUGAACAUAACCACGUGUUCCCACUACUGGAGAAGUACUGCGGCUACAGGGAGGACAACAUUCCCCAGCUUGAAGACAUUUCAAAAUUCUUGCAGUCCUGCACUGGAUUUCGCCUGCGUCCUGUUGCAGGCUUGCUCUCCUCUCGGGAUUUCUUGGCUGGGCUGGCUUUCCGAGUAUUCCACUCCACGCAGUACAUUCGCCAUGCCUCCAAACCCAUGUACACACCAGAGCCUGAUAUUUGUCAUGAGCUGCUAGGACAUGUGCCUCUUUUCGCUGAUCCCAGUUUUGCUCAGUUUUCCCAGGAAAUUGGACUGGCAUCUCUGGGAGCUCCAGAUGAUUUCAUCGAGAAACUUGCUACGGUUUAUUGGUUUACAGUGGAGUUUGGACUAUGCAAGGAAGGCGAUUCCCUCAAGGCAUAUGGUGCAGGGCUGCUGUCUUCAUUUGGGGAGCUGCAGUAUUGUUUAUCAAAUAAGCCUGAGAUUCAGCCUCUCGUCCUGGAGAAGACUUCUGUGCAGAAGUACCCUGUUACUGAGUUCCAGCCUGUCUACUAUGUUGCUGAAAGUUUCAAAGAUGCAAAAGAUAAGCUAAGGAAAUUUGCUCAAACAAUCCCUCGUCCUUUCUCUGUUCGGUACAAUCCCUACACCCAGAGGAUUGAAGUCUUGGACAAUGCAAAGCAGCUGAAGAACUUGGCUGACACUAUCAAUAGUGAGAUGGGGAUCCUUUGCAAUGCCCUCCAGAAGAUAAAAUGAAGAUUUUCUGUAAUUUGCUAAUCACUGCAUACUGACUAGAAGCUUCAAAUGCCAGUCUUCAUCUAGUCUCGGUCUAUUAUCUUCCAGUGUACUGCAUGAAUGCUGAUGUUAUAUAUCUUAAUUACCAUAGAUUAGCAGAGGAAUAGACAUCUGCAGGUGACCCUUGACUUUUUUGGCCUUCAGACACUAAUCCAUUUUUUCUUACUAAUGCAUAAAAUUA